AUGAACUACGAGUACCCAAUCCUGGUCCUUCCCUGCUACCUCCAGCUCUCGGAGGCCGCCCGACUCGCCUACGGCGUCACCAAGGCCGAACUCGACGACUUCCUCAUGUACGAGUUCAAGGUGAAGCGGUGCGCCAAGGCGUACCCGCACCAGUGGAUGACGUGCCCGUACGCGCACCGCGGCGAGAAGGCUCGGCGCCGGGACCCCCGCAGGUUCCCCAACCAUGGCAUCCCUUGCCCCGAGUUCCGGCAGACAGGGGCUUGCCGGAGGGGCCAGAAAUGCGAGUUCGCCCACGGGGUCUUCGAGUUCUGGCUGCACCCGACGCGAUACCGGACCCGGAUGUGCAUCUCGGGGCCGGCGUGCAGGCGUAAGAUCUGCUUCUUCGCACACACGGUUGACGAGCUCCGGCCUGAGGGCCUUGGCGGCGGCGUCCCCGCAGGGGUGGGAAAGCUUGCGGAAGGGACUUCAGCAGGGGGAACGGAGGAAAGUGGGGAGGAGUUUGCGGAACCCGAUCUGAGUUUGUCUCCUAUCACCAGCUUGGCUUGCUUUCCGUUCUUUGGUUCUCCAUUCUUGACUCUCAGCGAUCUUAAUUUCUAUGAGAGCCUGUCAACUGAUCCUUGGUGCAAUGUGCGGGACCAGUUAUCGCCUGUUCUCACUGCCCCUUCGCGGUUCCGCCUCUCCAAAGGGAUUGCAGCACCGAGUAUUCCAAGGGCCCCAUUAUGGAGCGCGUGA